AUGUCGCGGAAACACUUCUUUCCCAACCCAGAAGGGGUUGUGGUGCACAUGCUCAACUCGCUCAUAACUCGGAAUCAGCACAUGGGUCUCGACACCGAGAACCGCGUCGUUUACAACCUGGCACAUCCACCAAACCAGGUUACCAUUAUUUCUGGAGGAGGAUCUGGUCACGAGCCUGCCUGGUCUGGAUUCGUCGGCGAUGGCAUGCUUUCCGCUGCUGUUUGUGGAGACAUUUUUGCAUCACCGAGCACGAAGCAAAUCAUGGCGGGAAUCCGAAACGUACCGUCAAAUGAGGGUGUGAUUCUUUGCAUCACCAAUUACACGGGAGAUAUGCUACAUUUUGGACUCGCGAGGGAAAAGGGUCAGGCACUUGGGUACAAGGUCGAUGUCGUGUGCAUGGCGGAAGACGCAGCGUUGGGCAGAGAGAAGAGCGAGAAAGUUGGAAGGAGAGGAUUGGCUGGUAACUUGCUUGUUAUCAAGCUCGCCGGCGCGGCGUCACAGAAGGGAUGGGCGUUCGAGCGGUGUCGCAAGAUUGGAGAGUUGGGCAAUUCGCAACUUGUGACGAUUGGUACAAGUUUGGAUCAUUGCCAUGUUCCUGGACGAGAAGCUUUCGAGUCAGUUAAGGAUGAUGCGUGUGUGCUGGGAAUGGGGAUUCACAAUGAGCCUGGCCUUCGCACAAUCUCUCCAAUGCCUAGUCCGCAAGAUAUCAUCAAGGAAAUGCUGCGCUAUCUCCUGGACCCCAAGGACAAAGACCGCGCUUUCGUUCCCUUCUCGCCUACCGACAACGUUGUCAUGCUGUGUAACAACUUCGGUGGUCUCUCUAACCUCGAAUUCGACGCCAUGGUCAACAUUGCCCUCGAAAAACUAAAGUCAGACUGGUCCAUUGUGCCCAAGCGCAUCUACGCCGGCGUCCUCGAAACCAGCCUGAACGGCCAGGGUUUCAGCAUCACCCUCGGCAACAUGACAGGCAUGGCCAAGGCCAUGGAUCUGAGCGACGAGGAAGUAUUCGAAUUACUUGACGCCCCAACCAACGCACCCGCCUGGCCCAAGAACGGCUACAGACCUGUAAACAUAAGCAAAGAAACCGAAACCCUCCGCAACGCCGCCAACGCCGCCCACGCAAACUCCUCCACAACCCACAAAGGCCCCGCAACACCCGCCUCACUCAUCCCCGCCCUCCGCACAGCCUGCAAAGCCGCCCUCGCCGCCGAACCCACCAUCACGCAAUACGACCUGCAAAUGGGCGACGGUGACUGCGGCGAAGCCGUCGCCGGCGUGUGUAAAUCCAUACUCACUAACAUCGACGCCGUGGAAGCGAAUCCGCCCGCUCUCCUCGCCCUGCUCGAAAGCAUCGGCGAGAACGUCGAAGACUCUGCAGCGCUUGACAUCAGCACAAUCGCGCGCGCCGCCGCGCUUGGUCUGGAGAAUUUGAAAAACUACACGUCUGCGCGCGAGGGCGAUAGGACUGUUAUGGACGUGCUUAUCCCAUUUAUCAACACUUUGAAUGAAAGCAGGGAUCUGGAGAAGAGUGUGAGUGUCGCGGAACAGAGUGCGCAGAAGACGGCGGAGAUGAAGGCCAAGUUUGGGCGCGCGACGUACAUUAGUGAGGAUGGGAGUGAGAGGAGUCGGAUUCCGGAUCCGGGGGCGUAUGCGGUGGGCGUGUGGUGUAGGGGGUUGGUGGAGGGAUACAAAGGGUAG